GACUGGAGAGGGAGCUCAUCUUACGAAUAUUAUAAAUAAAUAAAUAAAUAACCAGCUUAGUUCUCUUUCAAAUUGUUCAUCUGUUGAUAUUUUUAUUAUCGUGCAACAAUGGUCCAGUCGUGCUCCGCAUACGGAUGUAAAAACAGAUAUCACAAAGACAAAAACAUUUCUUUUCACAAGUUUCCUCUUGCACGCCCCGACGUUUGUGAAAAAUGGGUUUCAGCAAUGAGUAGAAAUAACUUCAAGCCAACGAAGUACAGCAAUAUCUGUUCACAGCAUUUCACAAAAGACUGCUUCAAACGAGAGUGCAACAACAGAGUCCUGAAAGAAAAUGCAGUGCCCUCGGUCUUCUAUUUUAGCACAGCAAGUGAGAAGGAAAAAGCACAAGAACCUCAGGAACCGCCCUCACCAGAACCACCCUCUGUCCCGGAGCAGCAGCAGCAGCAGGAGCAGCUCCAGCCCCAGCCCCAGCAUAUGGUUCAGAUGGUGAUGCACCCACUGCUCUCCAGCCAGUCCAUUUCCUGUGAUCACAACUACACUGUGGAGGACACGGUGCAGCAGAAGAAGAGGAUCCAGCAGCUAGAGGAGCAGGUAGAUAAGCUGCGCAAAAAGCUCAAGACCGUGCAGCAGAAAUGCCGGCGCCAGGAGAGGCAGCUGGAGAAAAUUAAGGCCAUCCGUGACUUUCAAAAGGACAAAGAUGCAGUGUCUGGAGAGAGCUACGUGAUCCUCCCAACUGAGUUGUAUGAAGUCCUCAAAGGCAUAGAAUCCACAGAAAACUUGUAAAAAUGUUCCAUAUUUACACAGCCAAGAGGCGUAGAUCAUCUGCAACGUCUUUCAUUAAUCCAGGGUUUAAAAUGGAUUGACAACCAACUAACUGUACCUUGCUUCACAUGUAGUAAAAAGCCUGCCAUCGUUUGUUUAACCCUGGCUAUUUCCACUUAUUGCCAGACUAAAACUUGAGUGUUUUAGAUUUAUACAAAAAAGAGAGAAUGCAGUUGGAUGGUGUUAACUUUUACUACAGCACUACUUGAUCUAAACAGUUAGAUAAUACGUCAUAUUUUUGAUGGUCAUGGUUGUUUUGAUAAUUUUUCUGAUUUCAUAUGUGACACUGCUCCCAACAUCUUUUUGUGUUCUGAAUGACACAUGUCCUUUUGUUUGGGAAAACUUGUAUUCAUACAAUAGUGGUGGUUGCCAGGUGGCUUUUACUGAAAUCUUGUAAAAUUGGAUGUUUAUGACACAAGUUCCCUCAGCAACUUGCGACAAUACCUCCCAAAACUGUUUAGUCCUGUACUUGGAAAAUAAAUGCGUUUUGUGUGAGUAGUUACACAAAUGACACAUUAUUAAUAAUAUUGAUCCUGAACAUACACAAACAUGUUGUGGUCCAUUUUAAAGUUCUAAACAGGUGGUUCUGAAAUUGAAAAAGUGAAAGACAUCUUAUCAUAAUGAACCUACUUUUCAGUGUUCAAGUGGGAUUACUUAUGAUCCUGUGAUGAAAAUAUGCAAGUGUAUUCCAAGUAUGGCAAAAGUAAG